AUGUCAUCGGGCGGCGCCGGCGGCGGUGGCGGCGGACAAGAUGGCGGCGCGCGGCGAGGACCGGGAGGCUCCGGAGGCGCCUUCGCCGCCCCCGCCGGGCCCGGGCGGCGGCGUCAACGUGUUCGCCAACGACGGCAGCUUCCUGGAGCUCUUCAAGCGCAAGAUGGAGGCGGAGGAGCAGCAGCGGGAGCGCGAGGCGGCGGCGGCGGCCGCGGAGGCCUCCGGCGGCGGCGGCGGUACCGGGGUCGGCCCGCAGCGCGGCGGGGCCGACGGAGCGAAGAGGAGCGGCGGCGCGCUCAGCUUCGUGGGGCGGCGGCGGGGGGGCAACAAGCUGGCCCUGAAAACGGGAGUGGUGGCCAAGAAGCAGAAAACGGACGAGGAGGUGCUGACGAGUAAAGGCGACGCGUGGGCCAAGUACCUGGCCGAGGUGCAGAAGUACAAAGCCCACCAGUGCAGCGACGACGACAAGACGCGGCCCCUGGUCAAAUAACCCCGGCCCCCCCCCCCAAAAAACA